AUGCAGCCCUGGCAGUGCCUCCGGCGCUUUGCCCUGGCCUGGUGGGAGAGGACAGCGGAGGGCAGCGCCCGAUCUCCUAGGGAGGAGGCUGGACCGAGGGACCCCGGGGGCCGAGGGGAGCCAGAUCCGGAGCGGAGCAGCCCCCCCAUGCUGUCUGCGGACGAUGCGGAGUACCCGCGGGAGUACCGGACCCUGGGGGGCGGGGGCGGCGCGGGCGGCGGGGGCCGGCGCUUCUCCAACGUGGGGCUGGUGCACACGUCCGAGCGCAGGCACACGGUGAUCGCCGCCCAGAGCCUGGAGGCGCUCAGCGGGCUCCAGAAGGCCGACACUGACCGCAAGCGCGAUGCCUUCAUGGACCACCUGAAAAACAAGUACCCCCAGCACGCCCUGGCCCUGCGGGGCCAGCAGGACAGGAUGCGCGAGCAGGUUGGCGGCUGGACCGUGGACCCCGUGUGCCUCCUCAGCUCCCUCUGCUCCCACCUCCAUGGCGACUCCGCCCCCUCCGGGGCUGGCCAGCCGGCCCAGCAGCCAAACUACUGGAGCUUCAAGACCCGCAGCUCGCGCCACACUCAGGGAGCCCAGCCCGGGCUGGCAGACCAGGCAGCCAAGCUGUCAUACGCCUCGGCUGAGUCGCUGGAGACCAUGUCGGAGGCGGAGCUGCCCCUGGGCUUCAGUAGGAUGAACCGCUUCCGACAGAGCCUGCCCCUCUCCCGCUCUGCCAGCCAGACCAAGCUGCGCUCGCCAGGGGUGCUGUUCCUGCAGUUCGGGGAGGAGACUCGGCGCGUGCACAUCACGCACGAGGUCAGCAGCCUGGACACGCUGCACGCGCUCAUCGCACACAUGUUCCCGCAGAAGCUCACCAUGGGCAUGCUUAAGUCGCCCAACACAGCCAUCCUCAUCAAGGACGAGGCUCGCAACGUCUUCUACGAGCUGGAGGACGUCCGGGACAUCCAGGACCGAAGUAUUAUCAAGAUCUAUAGGAAGGAGCCUCUUUACGCCGCUUUCCCUGGCUCACACCUUACCAACGGAGACCUCCGGAGAGAGAUGGUGUAUGCCUCGCGGGAGUCGUCGCCCACACGGCGUCUCAACAACCUGUCGCCGGCGCCGCACCUGGCGUCCAGCUCUCCGCCCCCGGGGCUGCCGUCGGGGCUGCCUUCGGGGCUGCAGUCGGGCUCGCCGUCGCGUUCGCGCCUCUCCUACGCCGGGGGGCGCCCGCCCUCCUACGCUGGCAGCCCGGUGCACCACGCGGCCGAGCGGCUGGGGGGCGCCCCAGCCGCCCAGGGCGUCAGCCCCAGCCCCAGCGCCAUCUUGGAGCGGCGCGACGUGAAGCCGGACGAGGACCUGGCAGGCAAGGCGGGCGGCAUGGUGCUGGUGAAGGGCGAGGGCCUGUACGCCGACCCCUACGGGUUGCUCCACGAGGGCCGCCUGAGCCUGGCCGCGGCCGCCGCGACCCGUUCGCCUACCCGGGGGCCAGCGGCCUCUACAAGCGCGGCUCGGUGCGCUCACUCAGCACCUAUUCGGCCGCCGCGCUGCAGUCCGACCUGGAGGACUCGCUGUACAAGGCGGCGGGCGGUGGCCCUCUACGGCGACGGCUACGGCUUCCGCCUGCCGCCCUCGUCGCCGCAGAAGCUGGCCGAUGUGGCGGCGCCCCCCGGAGGCCCCCAGCCUCCGCACAGCCCCUACUCGGGGCCGCCCAGCCGCGGCUCGCCGGUGCGCCAGUCUUUCCGCAAAGACUCGGGCUCCUCGUCCGUCUUCGCAGAGAGCCCGGGAGGCAAGACCCGCAGCACGGGGGGCUCCUCGACGGCCGGAGCUCCCCCUCCCGAGCUCUUCCCCGGGCCUGGGGAGCGCCCGCUCGUUGGGUUUGGGCCGCCGGUGCCAGCCAAGGACACGGAGACCAGGGAGCGCAUGGAGGCCAUGGAGAAGCAGAUUGCCAGCCUCACAGGCCUGGUACAGAGCGCCCUACUACGAGGCUCGGAGCCUGAGACCCCCAGUGAGAAGAUUGAAGGCUCCAAUGGAGCAGGCACCCCCUCAGCACCCUGUGGGUCAGGCAGCCGGAGCAGCGGCGCCACCCCAGUGUCCGGCCCUCCCCCGCCCUCGGCCGGCAGCACUCCUGCGGGGCAGCCCACGGCCCUCAGCCGUUUGCAGAUGCAGCUGCACCUGCGUGGCCUGCAGAACAGCACCAGCGACCUGCGCAGCCAACUUCAGCAAUUGCGAAAGCUCCAGCUACAAAACCUGGAGUCGCUGCGCGCGCUGCUGAAGGGCACAGAGGCGGAGCUGAGCAUGCGCGUGUCGGAGGCGGCGCGGCGGCAGGAGGACCCGCUGCAGCGGCAGCGCACCCUGGUGGAGGAGGAGCGGCUGCGCUAUCUCAACGACGAGGAGCUCAUUACCCAGCAGCUCAAUGACCUGGAGAAGUCGGUGGAGAAGAUCCAGCGGGAUGUGUCGCACAACCACCGGCUGGUGCCGGGGCCGGAGCUGGAGGAGAAGGCCCUGGUGCUGAAGCAGCUCGGGGAGACGCUGACCGAGCUCAAGGCUCACUUCCCAGGCCUGCAGAGCAAGAUGCGGGUUGUGCUGCGUGUGGAGGUGGAGGCCGUGAAGUUCCUGAAGGAGGAGCCACAGCGCCUGGACGGGCUUCUCAAACGCUGCCGUGGGGUCACAGACAUGCUGGCCCAGAUCCGAAGGCAAGUGGACGAGGGUGUGUGGCCACCCCCCAACAACCUCCUGAAUCAGUCCCCCAAGAAGGUGACGGCUGAGACAGACUUCAACAAGAGCUUGGACUUCGAAAUGCCACCCCCCAGCCCUCCACUGAACCUCCACGAGCUGAGUGGGCCGGCCGAGGGAGCCCCUCCUACUCCCAAGGGGAGCAACCCCACCAAAGGCCUGGAUGCUGCUGGCAAGAGAAGCGUGGACAAGGCUGUGUCUGUUGAGGCUGCCGAGCGAGACUGGGAGGAGAAGCGGGCAGCUCUGACCCAGUACAGCGCCAAGGACAUCAACCGGCUGCUGGAGGAGACACAGGCAGAGCUGCUGAAGGCCAUCCCUGACCUGGACUGUGCGAGCAAGGCCCACCCAGGCCUGGCCCCCACCCCUGACCACAAGCCCCCCAAGGUCCCCCAUGGCCAGAAGGCAGCCCCGCGAACAGAGCCAAGUGGAAGGAGGGGCUCAGAUGAGCUGACAGUGCCUCGGUACCGCACGGAGAAGCCCUCCAAGUCGCCCCCGCCACCCCCGCCCCGCCGGAGCUUCCCCUCCUCCCACGGCCUCACCACCACACGCACGGGAGAGGUGGUGGUCACCAGCAAGAAGGAGUCGGCCUUCAUCAAGAAGGCCGAGUCCGAGGAGCUGGAGGUGCAGAAGCCCCAAGUGAAGCUGCGCCGGACCGUGUCCGAGGUGGCCCGCCCGGCCUCCACGCCGCCCAUCAUGGCGUCUGCCAUCAAAGAUGAGGACGAUGAGGACCGCAUCAUCGCCGAGCUAGAGAGUGGUGGUGGCAGCGUGCCACCCAUGAAGGUGGUUACUCCAGGGGCCUCUCGGCUGAAGGCAGUGCAGAGCCAGGCCGGCAGCCCCGACAAAGGCAAGCACGGCAAGCAGAGGGCGGAGUACAUGAGGAUCCAGGCCCAGCAGCAGGCCACUAAACCAUCUAAAGAGAUGAGCGGGUCAAAUGAGACCUCGAGCCCAGUCUCAGAAAAGCCCUCGGCUUCCAGAACCUCUAUCCCUGUAUUGACUUCCUUUGGGGCGAGGAAUUCUUCCAUCUCCUUCUAGAAGCCCCCUUCCACCUCCACCUCAGCCUGUCCCCCCUCCUCACCCCUGCCAUUUCUCUCCCUGCUCUUCUUCCUUCAUCUCUACCCCACCCCCACCCUAGUCUCUGGCUUGCCACAGGUGUGGCCUUCCUCAGCUCUCUACACCCAUCCCCUGUUGGUGUUUUUGGUU